AUGGCUGACCGUUCUGGCCCCCUUCACCGCGGUCUUGCCGAUUUUGUACAUUCUUUACCAGAUCAUCCGGCCGAAGCCCAUACCUGGCAUUCCAUACAUAAACAUGCCGCAAAGAGCAUUUUCGGUGAUAUUCCCGACAUCAAGAGAGAACCACCCGGUAACCUCCUCAUUUGGAUAGCAGCUCAGUCCCGUCGUCACAACAGCCCUAUGUUCCAAGUCUGGCUGGGCCCUCUCACGAUGGUUGGUCAUUAG